AUGGGAGACUUCGUUUUUUACUGUUCCCUUUGCUGCAAUGCUACAUUUGAUUCUAAGAAAUCUCUUAUUGAUCAUUUGUCCCAAAUAACUUUGAAUUUAGCUUGUCCCAUAUGCGGUAAAAAGUUGUCGUCGAUUGAAGAUCUGGUAGAACAUUUAAAAGUUGACAAUUGUGACGUUAAAUCCGUUAACUUGGAAAUCAGUGAUCAUGAUGAGACCGAUGGUGUUAGUAAAGAGGUCCAAACAGACAUGUCUUCCUAUGAGCCAAAUACAGUAAAUGAUGUUGAUGAUGACGAUAAAAUGUAUGUCGAAGUACUCAGCAAACAAAUGAUGAAGCCGUGUCUACAAACACAGGAGUUGAAGUUAGUUAAGGAACAUGGCGAGAGUCGUUAUGUGAUUGUGACCGAUGAUGAUUUGUCAUUAAACUCCGGAAUUACAAUAGUUACUAAACAAAACAAAGAUGGCACUAUAUCAUUAACGACACAAGAAUCUCUUAACAUAUCGAGCAACGAGUCAAAAAUAGAAAUAGAGGAAACGAAUGAAAAUAAUGAAUCAAUGAAGAAUGAAUCGGAAAAUUCUCAAGAGGAGAGAUACAGUUGCAAUACAUGCGAUAUGACAUUCACAUCAGUUCUAGAACACAUACAGAAUUACCACAACGAUCAAGAUGUUGUGGUCGAGGAACCAUUCGAUGAAAAUUCCCAAGAAAUUAAUCUGGAAUUAGAUCAAACUGAAAGUGAAGAUGUGAUAGAGAAACAGACGUCUCGCAGAAUGAUAACGGAGACAGGAGAUAUUAUAGAGACUCCCAUUACUGAAGAAAUUGAAACAGUAAAAUACUCAUGUUCACAAUGCCCAGUGGCAUAUGAGAAUUCAAAGUCACUCUGCGCACAUAUGAAGGUUCACAAAAUAAGGAAUACAGAAAUAACGACGGCUAUAACGAAACACGAGUGUGAAGUUUGCAACACGAUAUUUCCAUCGAGCAAGUCUUUGAAACUACAUAAGAGAAUGCACGAUCCCGUUAAGUCACGUCCAUUGGGUCCCCAAGAAUCAGAAGACGGUACAACUGAUAACGUAGAUAAGUUCCUGUGUAAUGUUUGCAACAAACUGAUACCCGAAAACUAUAGGAGCAUACAUACUAACUCACACAAGAGUAGCAACAAGAUGAACUGCGACAUAUGCAACAAGAAGUUCCUGUCCAAAGAAAACUUGGAGAUGCAUAUGGGUGUACAUAAUCUGGAUAAGAUUACCAUCGGUAAACAAGACAAGGCGUUGCCAUAUGAAUGUUUGUAUUGUAAUAGAAAAUUUGGAAGACCACACGAAAAGGUGAAACACGAAAGAAUACAUACGGGUGAGAAGCCCCACUCGUGUGACAUCUGCGGCAAGUCUUUCCGAGUGUCGUAUUGUCUGACGCUACACAUGCGCACUCACACAGGCGCGCGGCCCUACGCGUGUCCACACUGUAACAAGAGGUUCAAAGCCCAUAGCGUAUAUAACCACCACCUACUGACUCACUCCGAUGUCCGCGCGUACAAGUGUCCCUACUGUCCCAAAGCCUUCAAGACUUCCGUACAACUAGCGGGACAUAAGAACUCACACACAAAACCUUUCUCAUGCCAACAGUGCAAUAGGCCUUUCGCUUCCUUAUACGCUGUUCGUGUCCACAUGGAGAUACACAAUCGUCAGAACAGCCUCAAGUUCUCAUGUACCAUGUGUGGUGCGAGUUACGCUAGGGCCUUCGCACUCAAGGAUCACGUGAGGCAGGCGCAUAAAGAUGUAGCGCCUAUGGUUAAAGAUGAAGAAUGGAUGAGAACAGAGAACAAUACUAAUGUUGAAACAGAUGAUAUACAACUGAACAAGGACUUCACACAGGAUAUAAACGAACUGGGUACCUACGAGACGGAGUUGAUAAUACCUUGA